UCUUUUCCCACUCCAACCCUUUCCUCCCUCCCUCUCUCGCUCUCUCUUUUCUUUUUCUUUUUCUUUUUCGUCCCCCAUGAAGAAGCUCUACCGCAAAACAGGAACCGUCCACCCUUCUCCCCCUCUCAUCUCCGAUCAUCUCUCCUUUCUCCCCACUGCCAUCCUCACCCUCUCUUCCGCCCUCUCUCUCCAGGACCGGGAGGUUUUAGCCUACCUUAUCUCCUCCUGCUCCAACGACUUCACCCCCGUCCACAAUUCCUCCACCCACCGCGGCAAGGCAGCUCACCACAAACACGCCGCCCCCAUGGCCGGUUCGGAUCACCCCCCGGCCUUCUCCUGCUACUGUUUCCAAUGCUACACCAGCUACUGGGUCAGAUGGGAUUCCUCACCCAAUCGGCAACUGAUUCACGAAAUCAUCGACGCUUAUGAAGACAAAUUGGCCGAGACCAAAGUUGGGAAGAACAAUAAGAAAGAGAGAAAGAAGCGAAAUAGUAGCGGGACGGUUUCCGGUCCGGGUGAGGGGAAAGGGGCUGAAGCGGCGGCGAAGGUAGAAGAGUGGAAGGUGACGGAAGGCGGCGAGGAGGAGGCGGAGAAAGGGCCGGUGAGAAGGAUUGUGAGUUUGCUAGGGGAAAAAAUUUGGGGAAGUUGGAAUUAAGUGAUUGGAUUUUGCACUAAUGGAUGCAUUUGGAGGUUUUGGGUUUUUAUAUAUGUUUGUGAAUUAAUUAGUUUGCAGUAAUUAGGAAGGAAUUGAAGAAGAAGAAGAAGAAGAAAAGGGUGUUCUUAUAAACAUAAUUACAAUACCAUCUUCUUCUUUUUCUUUGUUUUGAUUCAGGUUAUGGUUGUUAGUAAGUUGUAUAUAGAAUCUUAUGUUUUUCAUGUACAAAUUUAUCAAUAUAUAUAUAUAUAUAUAUAUAUAAAGAAAUUAGAAUUUUUAUUUAGUAUA